UACAUUUAACGAUUUUCUAAAAUUAUUUCUAGUUUAUUAAAUUCUAAUCUACGUUACUUUGUUCGAAAAAUUGUAUGUUAAACGUUAUUGAUUAUAAGAAAUAUCAUUGGACACAAAUAAAUCUUUUAUUGUAAACUCUAGAAAUAGAACAUAUGUUCAAAGAGUCAAGGUAUUUUCUAAGUAAGCCUUUGAAUGAUUAGAAAAAUAGGAUAACUAUUAUUCUAUGCACAAUUUAAUGCUAAGAUACGCGUGUUCGAAAUGCGUUUCUUUACCUUUUUUCAAGAAUACAACUUCAACAGUUAACAAAAAUCAUUUGUGCGAUUUAACCUAUAAAAAUGGAGCGUUCAUAUCAAAUGAACUCAAUAAAAAUGGGAAUUACAGACGAUUUAACAAUUAUACAAAUGUCUCAUCGACAUCAACAAUUUUACCCUCGCAAUCGCAAGUUGUCAUUGCGGGUGCUGGAACAGUUGCCAAUUCAGUUGCCUAUCAUCUUGUUAUUAAUGGAUGGAAUGAUGUACUCGUUCUGGAACAAGAUAGGAUUGGAAGUGGUACAUCUCAUUUCGGAUCAGGUACCCUUGGUCUGUUUAAACCAAUAUCGCAUCGAAAUUUAAUUUCCUAUAGUAUUAAGUUAUAUCAACAACUGCAAGAAAUGGGAUAUGAUAUUGGUUUAAAACAAUGUGGCAGUGUAAACUUAGCUCAAACCAAAGACAGAAUGAUAGCUUUAAAACGUAGGAUGGCUUAUAAUGCACCUACAGGAUUGCAUUGUGAAGUUCUUCGAAAAGAACAACUGCAGAGAUUACAUCCAUAUUUGAAUACUGAAGAUAUCGAAGGUGCAAUUUGGGUGCCUGAAGAUGCAGUAGCCAAUCCCAGUGCAGUUUGCGAAGUUUUAGCUAAACUAGCAAAAACAGGAGGAGCAAAGUACGUUGAGAAUUGCAGAAUACAUGAAGUAAACACUGAAAAUGGAGCUGUGAAGAGCGUAAAGACUGAAUAUGGUGUAGUCUUCUGUGAAUACUUUGUUAAUUGUGCAGGAAUGUGGGCACGUGAAUUAGGAUUACAUUGUAACCCACCAGUCAGAAUUCCAGCAUAUCCUGCAGAACAUUUUUAUGCUAUUGCUUCUCCCUUUCCAUCUAAUUCAAAUAUAUCUUUACCAUGUAUAAGAGAUUAUGAUUCAUACUCGUAUGUAAGAGAAUGGCGAGGAAGUUUAUUAAUUGGUUGGUUUGAACCUAAAGCAAAUCCUGCAUUUGAAAGUGGUACUGUCCCUAUACAAAACUGGAAAAAUUAUCUUAAGAAUGAUCCUUCUCAUUGGAAGCCUUUAUGGGAUAAGGUUGUACAUAGAUUACCAAUUUUGAGUAAAAUGCAACCAAAUGUCUAUAAUUGUCCUGAUAAUUUCACACCGGAUGGAAGAUGGAUAUUAGGAGAAAGUCCAGAAGUAAAGAAUUAUUACGUCGCUGUAGGCAUGAAUGGGAAUUCACUACAGGGAGCAGGAGGAAUAGGUAAAGAAGUUGCUGAGUGCCUCAUAAACGGUGAAUCUACGCAAGAGCUACUUCCAUUUAACGUGCAAAGAUUUCUGGAUUUGCAUAGCAAUAAACAAUAUUUACAACAAAGAACAAGGGAAAUAGUCGGUAGAAAUUAUGCGAUUCUAUACCCACAUCAAUGCGAGUACAAAUAUGCGCGGAAACUGCGUUGUUCCCCUUUGUACUCGGUUCUUGAAGAAAGAGGUGCAAUUUUUGGGGUAAAAAUGGCUUAUGAACGACCACUUUACUUUGAUUCUACCUAUAGAAAGAACUAUUUAAUUACAGGAGGACAAAAGAAAUCAGUCAUGCCACCAGGUAGUUUCUACAAACCUAAGUUCUUUGAUUUUAUGAAGGAAGAAUUUCUUGCGUGUAAAGAAGGAGUAGGAAUUAUAGACAUGAGUUCAUUUUCAAAAAUUAAAAUCAAAUCCAGUCGUUGGGAAGUUGUUGAAUACCUUCAGCAAUUAUGUUCUAACGAUGCAAAUAUACCAGUUGGUGGAAUAGUACACACAGGGAUGCAGAAUGAACGGGGUGGAUAUGAAAACGAUUGUAUUCUAGUAAGACAAUCAGAAAAUAGUUACUUUAUGGUUUCACCAACAUCGCAACAAACACGCAUUUAUCAAUGGAUGUCUAGGCAUUUACCAGCAGAUCAUUCAGUCGGCCUCAAUGAUGUAACUUCGAAAUACACGGUAAUCAAUUUAGUAGGACCUAAAGCUACAGGUCUACUAUCAGAACUUUCCAAUUCUAAUAUUAAUCUAUCUCCUUUCACAUACAAGACUGCAAACGUGGCAUAUGCCUCAGACGUUAUGAUAAUGUCAUUUACUAAUACUGGUGAAUCUGGUUAUUGCUUAUACAUACCCUCAGAGUAUGCACUUCACGUGUAUGCAACAUUAAUGGAAGUAGGUAAAGAUUAUGGAGUGCGAGAUGUGGGUGUACUCACGCAACGUUUUAUGCGAAUAGAAAGAUUUAUUCCCUUUUGGGCGGAAGAAUUAACACCAUUCGUUACUCCGUACGAGGCUGGAAACGGAUACAGUGUAAAGUUAGAUAAGGAAUAUUUCAUUGGGAAGUUUGCAUUACAAUAUCAAAAAGAGCAAGGUGUAACAAAGCGAUUAGUAUUAUUUGUUGUUAAUGAACUGGAUAUAAAUAAAGAUGUGUGGCCAUGGGGUGGUGAACCUAUUUAUCGAAACAAUGAAUUUGUAGGAACUGUGACAUCAGCUGGGUAUGGUUUUGCAACCGGAACACAUAUUUGUCUUGGUUUUAUUAGUCUACCAGGACCAAGAUAUUUGCAAUCUAAUAAGAAUAUUGUUACAACAGAGUUUAUAAUGAAUCCCACAGCACGUUACGAAAUUGAUAUCGCUGGUACUAGAUUUCCUGUUAAACCUUAUAUUUACCCAUUACCAAUACCAGCAUUGGGUACUAAAUUAAACAAAAAAUAUACUCCUACUCCUAUCGUUGCAUAUGAGAACGACGUUUGCCGAUAUUAAAACUAAAGAAGAAACUUUUACUUCUUGAAUGAAUUGUAUAUAUAUAUAUACUAUGAAUUAUUUAAAUAUAUUUAUAACUUUGCAAAUUUUCCUAAUUGUAAUUACGUUCAACUUUAUAUUCAAGUCCUAUUAUUUUAUAUGUAACAUUGUAUUAUACUUUACUUAUACAUAAAUGAAUGCCUAAAUGUACCUAUAAAAAUAUAAAUAUUUAAAGUUUGUUGACACUUCUGCUUUAUUUGCAGUUACACUAAACUAAUAUACAUUUGAAUAGAUUUAUUCGUAGCAGUCACAUUUAUACAAAGUGUAGGAAGCCAUCUAAUAAUUUGAACAGAAUUUAGAAUGUUAUAUACAUUAAUAUAAUACUCAA